UAGUGUUGUUAGCGUCAGCCCGUAGAAAAUCCACAUUCAUUGAACCAAAAUUUCUUUGCAUUAGGACUUUAGAUCUGGCUUUGGGCGGGCGAAGUUUAUAAGAGAGAAACAAGAGGUCAUGGUAAGAAAAGAUAUCAGCACUGUGUUGCCCGUGUCCUGCAACCAGAUCAGCAGAAGAGAAUUUUUCGGACACAAACUGAAAACAAUCAACCAAAAAGUUACUUAUUUUGCGUACGCUGCCUAAACUACAAAAGAUAGAACCAUAAAAUGUUUUAAUUAAUUGUAGAUCUUAUAAAUAUCUACAAAAAAGUCCGCGACACACUAUACCUAUCUAUGUCGAGUGAGGUACAACAAACACAUUUAUAUUUAAAAAUCUUGGAUUAUUACGAUUUCUGCUGCACGGCCCGGACUGCAGGCAGAAGUGACACUUUUGCCGGGAGCAAGACUUAGUUAGCCGCUUUGCGGGCUGUCCUUUAGUUAGUUCUAAUAGAGAUAUAUUUAGUGUCGGCUGUGCAUCCGUUCGAAGCCGGGGCGGGUCGCUAGUUACGUUAUAUAACGAUAUUAAAUGACGUUCUAUAUCGUUAUAACUGAAUGUUCAAAAUAGCGAUACUAAUAAACUUUAUGCCGUGUGGUUCCCGGCACCAAUACAUGCCAUGGUACAAGUAUGUGAUAUCUAUCGGCUUUUACCAUCUGUAAUGUGUAAAUACGCCAUUAAAUAUGAUUGUAAUGUCGUCAUUAAGUACUUAACAUAAUUACUACAAUGUUCUGUCCGCAAUACAAAUAACGCAUGAAGCACUCAGUCUUAAUUGGCCAUCACAUCCAGUAGGUAGCGACUAGCGAGCAAUGCAAGUACGCGAUGUCACAAUUACAAAAAAUUUACAAAGCGUUUAUAGUACAUUUUAUGUUCUAAAUAUAUUAUUAAACAUUUUCGCUCUUAAUUCCAAUGGUCGCAAGGAAACUAUUUCAAGUAAAUACCAUGCGGUGUUUAAAAGUUUGGUCGCAUCGACGAUUUUAGGGUCGAUCAAUUUUUACACAAUGUUCUACAAAGUUUCGAAUGUUUAUCACCAAGUAAUUUUGUCAAUAAAAUUCACGGAUAUGGUACAAAUGGUGUAUGAUUUCUGUCAAUAUAUCGUUGAUCUGUUUUUCGUGUAUCAGUACGGCAGAGAAUUAAGUGUGGAGUAUUUCAAACAAUAUGAAAAUAUUGAUAAAAUACUCGGGGUCGCAUAUUAUUCCACAGUGAAGAAUAAAAUGUUAAAAUUAAUAACCAUUUCUCUCUGCAUAUGGUCACUGAGUUCCGCAUGCGACUAUGCAGCUUGGGUUCUGAGCUUUGGCUGGAUGAAUUCAACCGUGUAUUCUAUUGCAUAUUUCUACCUUUUAAUAAAAAUUCUAACUACAUUGGAUCUGUCUGCUCACGCUUUGAAUAUAGAAUGCAGGCUCCGAAGUAUCAGCGACAUUCUUCAAGCCUGCUAUAGAAGAGCGGAUUUUUUGCCCGAAAUUAAAGUUGAUUACAUUAACAACAAACAUUGGCUAUACUCCGACGCUUGCUCCCGCGCCUUAAAAUUGCAAAUGCAAUAUGACCCUGAUAAAAUUCCAUACAACAUUUCCCGUGACGUUAAAUCACUCACUAGAUGUUAUCUCAUGUUAACGGAGCAAGUAGCAUUCAUCAACAAAAUGUUUGGUAUCAGGAUUCUAAUGAAUAUGCUGAGUUUUUUGAUAGAUAUGAUCCGAUUUACAAAUAUAGCUGUAAGGGUGGUAAUCGGAACACAGCAAAUGGUAUACGACUCUGGUUACUUCACCGCUGUUUCUAGUACUAUGCGCCUACUAAACUGCGUCUCCGUCAUCAUCAGCCUGGUAUACUACUGCGAGCGAGUGUACCGACAGAAGGAGCAUAUACUCAACGUUAUAGACCACCUGCUUAUCAACAAGAAACCAACUGAUCACUUACGGGAUGACGUAACUGAACUGCGGGACUUGAUCCAAUCUCGAUCUUUGAGAUUCAACAUGGCAAAUUUCUUUACUCUCAAUUAUUCCUUAUUAAUUUCUUUAGCUUCCGUUGUCGUUACUUACACGAUCAUUAUCUUGCAAAGUAUGAAUUAGGUAAAAAUAUUUACCUAUAACGCUGCAUGUAAUUGUAAGUAAGUACUUAAAAUUAUUUAACUAGUAAUUUUAACCUAUAUCGUACCACAUACACCUCAAAUUCUGAAUGGCAUGUCAUCCAAAACUAGUUUUUUUAACCAAUUUUUACUCUUACUCUUGUAUAUCCACAGAAAUCAGAAUAACUUAUUAUUACUAUUAAGUCAGUAUAUGCCUAAGUACCUACCUACCCACAGUGGUGUAGUGUUAAUUAGGCUCCUACUAUUAACUAAACUAAAUUAUUACAACAUACCCUUAUUUUUAUUUUUUUUAAAGGAUGUAAUGUUAAUGUGAUGACCUCGCCCAGGUGAAUUAGGUAUGUACGCAUUACUUCAAAGUAUGAUAAAACAUCGACAACACACUUUUCAUGCAUGCGAUAUUAAUAUUCAUAAACAUAAUUGUGUCAAUCGAAUUAGAAGGAAGGACACUUUUAAAUUGUUUUAAGGCCUAUCCCCACACAUUUGACGGUCUCUAUGGCGUAACGGUAGUACGCUUGUAUGCGAGACCGGAGGUCCCGGGUUCGAAUCCCGGCCAGGGCAUAAUAAGAAGGCCUGGGUCUUGGAUGUUUAUCUAUAUAAGUAUUUAUUAUAAAAUAUAUUAUCGUUGAGUUAGUCGAACUUACUUCGAAGCUAACUCAAUCUGUGUACCUAUUUGUCCCGUAAAAAAAAAAAUGGGCCGUGACUUGCCCCCUUAUUUGCGAACGAUGACAAGGCAUAUGUCUGAUCUUUUCUCUUUUUAGCUGGAUAAAAAGAGAGACAUCAAACUAAGCCUUCGUGAAUAUGGGGGCAGGGCACCUAUCUGUGGGGAUAGACCUUUACCACACAUAUGUACCUAAUUUGUUUGCAUAUUUUCAUCAAUAAUAUACGUACAUAGGUAGAUAUUAAAGUCUUAUCAUAAGUAACUUAUGUUUAUCAAUUUAUUAUUUGUCUGCACCUGCAAAAGUUGUUUUGUAAGUUAAAUAAACCUUUUUGUGUUAGCUAUGUUUUUGACCUCCCAUAGUUGCUUAGUAGGUGCCUAAGUACCUACCUCAUAUCUGUUUGGUAGUGGAACAAGUUAGGUACGUUAGAACCUACAAAAGAAGCUGCAGCUAGCGUCUACAAAAUGGAAAGAAAUGUAGUUACAUGUAGUUAGGCAAAAUGAUAGUAUUUGUAUAAUCCUCAGGUUGGCUGAUUUAUCAGCACAUUUAUAGAUACAUACGAACAUUCGUAUGUAUCUAUAAAUGUGAAUAUAAAUACAUACAUAUAAUCACGUCU